CCUUGAAUGGUGGGGUUGCUGCAGUUAACUGAGCAAUUAUUUUCCAAAAUGUAGAGUUCAAAUCUGACUGAAUAUUAAAAUUAUAAGGGAUUCUUCAACACAAACUUUAUAGAUUCCCUUUUAAAUUUAAAUCUAAGCAGUAUAAUAAUAAUAAAAAGGUUAUCAUCUAGCUAUCUACUAUAACUUGUCAUCACAAUACAAAAUGUCGUCGAGCAACACUGAGACCCUGGGCCAAAUGAAUUCUCUGGUGGGAACUCUGAGCAUUCUGCAAUCCCUGGAAGUGCUUUUCCUCAAUCAGGAGCAGAUGGAGCAGCCCAGUGAAAACCUGGAGGAGCAAGUCCGCAGACUGCAGAUGUUCAAACGUCAGGUAAAGUGGUUCAACACUGAGCGUCUUCGCAUCCUGAAUCAGUUGCGGCAGAAAGUAUCUUACCACGUGGCCGUGGAGCAUCACAAUGCGAUGUCCUUGCGGCAAGGGAUCGUCGAACUUCGCCAGGGAUUGAACGGACUUAACGAGCGGAUGAACAGGAUGUACGAGGACAUCACCUGCUCCAUCUGCCUCUCUCCCUGGACUUUGCAGGGCCGUCAUCGUGCGGUUUCCUUAAAAUGUGGCCACAUCUUCGGGAAAGUCUGCAUCCACACUGCCAUCAGAAGAUUCCAUCGCUGUCCAAUCUGCAGACGCAGGGCUCUGCAAUCCGAUGUGCGCAGGAUAUUUUGCAGAGGAGUUUUACCAUAAUGGAAGCUAUUUCGUUUUACCAUAUGUUUCCUUAGAUAUAUUUUAUAUUUUCAACAUUUUAUUCUGCCGUUAAAUUGGAUUUAUCUAUUUAUUGCUAAUUUAUAAAAAAGUUUAAAGAAACUACUCAACAGCCA